GACUGGGCCUCUUACACAAUCGGAGUGUUUAUCUGCUUGAACUGUUCAGGGAUUCAUCGGAACCUCUCAGGAGUCAGCAGAGUCAAAUCUAUCCGACUGGAUUUCUGGGAUGAUGAUUUAGUUCAGCAAAUGAAAAACCAUGGUAACUGGAUGGCGAGGAAACACUAUGAGGCAAAGGUUCCUCCUUUCUACUACAAGCCUCAGGCUUCAGACUGUGUAGUCCUGAAGGAGCAGUGGAUUCGAGCCAAGUACGAGCGGGAGGAAUUCACUGACAUCGUCACCAAGCAACAGAAAUCUCCCAUAUCAGGUGACCGAGUCAUUUAUCUUUGGAAACGGGGAAAGGACAAAGGAAAUUUUCAGAAGAGGACUUUCCGGCUUUUGGAGAAAGAGGGUGUGAUCCAUUACUACGCUAAGGAGGAGGAUAAAGAGCCAAGAGGAGUCAUUCACGUGUCAGAGCUCAAUGCCACAUUCCAGCCGGAAAAAAUUGGGAAUCCAAAUGGGCUACAGAUCACUUACCUGAAAGAUGGACGUACCAGGAGUAUGUUUGUCUACCACAAAAAUGGCAAGGACAUAGUGGAUUGGUUCAAUGCAAUCAGGGCGGCCCGUUUCAGAUAUCUCAAAAUUGCUUUCCCUACAACCAGUGAGACAGAGCUUAUACCAAAAUUAACAAGAAAUUACAUAAAGGAAGGAUAUAUGGAGAAAACUGGCCCCACGCAAAAGGAACCUUUUAAGAGAAGAUGGUUCACAUUGGAUAUUCAAGAUCGUAAACUGCUGUACUUUAAGGAACCACUGGAUGCCCAUGCACAAGGGGAAGUGUUCAUUGGGCAUUCGGACUAUGGAUAUAAUAUUCUGGAAAGCCUCCCUCCUGGUGUGAAAGGCAAUAAAUGGAACUUGGGGAUAACAAUUGAGACACCCGAGAGGAAAUUUGUAUUUACCUGCAAAGACGACCAGGAUCUCAAGGAAUGGAUUGUAGCUUUCAAAGAAGUGAUUUUCAAACCAAUGUCCCCCCAAGACUACACAGUUGAGGCCUCUUUAAGACGGAAGCAGAGGUGACAAUAACUUGAAAAAAGUGAUGGCUAGACUCAGAACAGGGCAUUCUAUUCCAAAGAUAGCCUGCAAUUAACAAGGGAAGGCACUCCUCAUUUGGAUAAUGGCAUCUCGCUCUGAACAGACUAUUGAACAAACAUGAACACUAGGUAAUACAUGAUGCCUAUUACAUUUUGGGCUUUGAACAUACAGAUACUCAAGACUAAGCAAAGCUAAUGACUCCUGCCUCGGUGAUCCAGCUUGCCCAUCAGGGACUCUGCCAACACGUGUUUCUACUGAAAGCACCUGUUACAAUUCAGUUAUGAACUGUCGAUACUUGAGUGAGGUGGCAUUGUAACUAUAUCUGGAGCGCAGGGACAGAAUCAGCAAAACUUCUUGGAGACAUUUCUUCCAAACCAAAGCAUUUGGAAUGCAGGAAAACUAAAAGCAAAAACCUAUGCCAUUAUUUCAGAGUCUGUUUUCCUGGUUUUGGGCAACAUGGUUAUUUGUUGCAUCCACAGACCUGUGUGCCAGAAUCCAUAGGGGAGACGACUAGGGGACGAGAACAAUUCUUCAUCAUCUUCAGUUUUACUGGGUGGAGAUCUUAGUGUAUUGCCUCUGAUUAGGUUGGAAUUAUAAAACACUAGGUCAGGCUCUGGCCCACGUAACCUUGUUUGCUCGUGUAAACUUUCCUUACCUUCGAAGACAUUUUGGUUGUGGUGCCAGAUUCUUUGAAGAUGUCUCAUUCAUUGUCCAUGUGAAACAUUUCGACUACAGCCAGGACUUUCCAUGCUCAGUGUUUGCUUCUGAUGAAAUGUGGGUUACAUUAUAUAUGUUAGUAAAAUGAUUCCUUCAGGAGCUUUCCAAAAUUGUGGUUCCUCACACAGAGACUAGGUACAAUACUGGUGUCUGAAAUAACAGUGAACUUUCAAUCUGUACAGCCACAUCUCUGUAAAAUGUUAAAGUAACAGCUACCUUGUAAAACAGAAUAAUUUGAUUGCUCUUUGUUUUGCUUUAUGUAAUAAAGAGAAUUCCAAACCAAA